AUGAAAAGUCAAAUCCAAGAGCACGAAACCCACAGCCAACUCCUCAACAAUCUGCUUCUGACUCUGCGUGACAGUUCGGAAGCAGGAGUCGAGGAGACGGUAGCCUUCAUCCGGGGCAACUCUUCCUUGGACGCAAUAAGCCAGCAUCUGCAAGAGAGGAGGCUGGCCAUCCGAUCAGGACCAGCGUCAGCAUCCGAAACGGAGCAAGCAUCUAGUUCGGCAGAUAAUAUGCCCUCGACAGACAGCGAGACUCGCGAGGAUGGUGCACCAAGGAACGCCGCCGUCCAUAGGCCAUUAACCGUCAGCGAGCUUGUUGGAACGCCGCCGGAUAAAAUGUCGCCACCAUAG